CCAAGAAUUGUUUUAUGAAAUAUAUACGUAUGUGAGUUGAGUUAAUAUUGUGUACGAGAUAAAAGGAAGGUCAAGGGAAGGGGAAGGGGUGCGGAUGUAAGGCUGGAGGACAAUGAAGGGAUAGAAGAAGGAUAAGUAAAAGCCAGAGCAUAUAAAUCAAGGAGGGAAAUGGAGCAGAGGUAUUAAAAACGACAUCAAUGGAAUUAGGAAGGGAGGAGAACCAGGAAGGAAGGAAACACAGAGGGUGAAUGGGAAGGAAGAAAAUAGGUACAGAGGGUCGCAGGAAGGUAAAGAAGGAGGAAGGAGAACGAGGAAGAAAGGAAGAGAAGGGGAGGGAAGCGAGCAGGAGUAGCCACGCCCUGCACGCUGGCUGGAGGAAGCCCCGGCACCUCCUGGCGACAAGGGGCCGCGUAUGGGUGGUGGUGAUGGGUGGUGGGUGGUGGUGGGUGAGGUGAGGGGUGAGCGCCAGGCUGGGCAGCCCCGCACAUCCCUGGCGACUGGUUGAUGUCAUGGUAGUGAGGAUGAUGCUCGGUAGGUGUCUUGCAUAAACUUGAUUUGUUGAGUGAAUUAGUCCAGGGAAUUCACUGGCUAGUGGUCAUGCUCAGUUGCUAACCCGGAACGUGUGUGUGUGUGUGUGUGUGUGUGUGUGUGUGUGUGUGUGUGUGUGUGUGCGUGUUUACUUACACACAUGUGCGUGGGCGUGUUUCCGUUGUCAUGUGCGCGAGGACGUGAAAUCCUGUGACUAUGGAUGAGAGUUGCCAGCUUGGCUGUUAGUGUCACCAGCACAGGCUGUGGGUUCCCUGUUGAGUGUUCCUCGCCGGCUCAUUUGGGUACAAAAUACCCAUGAAAGUAAAGAAAAUAUGACUUUCAGUCCUCAUCACCGUAUUUGCGGCACAUUUCCUCGGGAAAAAAUAGAUGGAAAGCACGGCAAGGUGGCGCCGGGAGGGUGAACGCCGCCGGCCCUUGUUUACUGUCCCGGGGCAGUGUGCCGGAGCCCGGAGCCUCGGUGAAGGGGUGUGUGUGUGUGAUGCGGGUGCCUGCUGUGAGGGCUUGCACCGCCUUGUGGAACACUCUGGCUCAGUUGUUAGAGUGUCUUGUUGGGGUGUGAACCUCAGCCAGGCUGUGACUCCGUGACGCACGUGUGAUACAGGCGCCUCGUUCGUUAUUUACUCGUAUAUUUUUGUCGUGAAGGAGUUGCGUUGAGAGCAGGGAUGGUGCCUGGCCACGGUGCCGCGUCUGAGAUCACCCGCCAGGAGGACCUCCACGCGGCUGAUGCUGCUCGGUGAAGGCGGUGGUGCCACACAGCAACUUGUUUGCCACUAGUAUGUGGUGGAGGGGAAAAUUGGUGAACAUACAAGCCUGUGAUGGUGAGACGGAACCCGUGCAGGAAAGGCCUGUGGUGGAGCACAUGGUCCCGGGCUAGUCAUUCCGGAAGUGGCGCUAAUUAAUGUGGCGGCGUUUUUGGCGGGCCACAGACCUUGGUGUCCCGCUGAUGGGAAGAUGACAAGCCAAGGGUGGCGGUGGCCUCACUAUACUGGAGGCACGGCUUGUCUUUGUUUGUGAGUGACUAACAUUUUAUGGUGAUGGUGUUGUGUCUGCCGAUUUCAGUUCAGUGGAUUCCUUAUUGUAACAGGAAAUGGAUUUCUGACGCUGCAGUGAAGAGGGUGCAAUGACGAUACUUGUGGAAUAAUGACAAUACCUGAUAAGUAACUGAGCUCGUAGGACUGACAGUGGUGAUAAGUCACUGGAAGUUGCUCGGCGUGGACAGUGCCACCAUGUACGGGCGUCACCAGCUUCAUGAGGAGCCUGCCUCGUGUGGCUGCGGGUUGGUCCGCAGUCCGGCACGACGCAGGCGAAACAACCAACCUGAGCCUGUGUCCAGACUCUACUUUGACUACAUCAGAGUGCCCAGCCACAACCGGCAGGAGACCACGCUGGUCCACCCCGUCACUCACAAGACAGCGCUCCAGGCCGAGGCCAUCCCUCCUCCCCCUCCUGCGGCGACCCAGCGGUGCGAGGCAUCAUCGGCAGCGCCAGUCUCCAGCGGCCUCAACAACCAUGAGCCCAGGAAGGGGGCUGGCCGUCGGCGUGGAGGCUCUUGGGUGAAGACUCCAGGUGCGCGGCGGCCCGAGGUGGCCCCCGUCACCCUCCAGGGCUGGCUCUACAAACAAGGGGCCGAUGGACUCCACCUCUGGAAGAAGCGGUGGUUCGUGCUGUCAGAGUACUGCCUCUACUACUACAAGGGUCCUGAUGAAGACAAGGUGCUGGGGUCCCUGCCGCUGCCUUCCUUCAAGAUCAGCCCUGUAGACUCCGAGGACCGCGUGUACCGCCGCCAUGCCUUCAAGGCGGAGCACCAGAACACCCGCACCUACUACUUCGCCGCCGAAACCAAGGAGCAGAUGACCCACUGGAUGAACGCUCUCUCUCUUGCGUCCAUCCUCCAGAAAGACACAAGCAUUGAGGAGAAGCUGAGCAGCGGCAGCAGUGCGCGGCGCAGCGAGAGGCCCUCUGUCUCCUCCCUCGCCUCCACAGCCUCGCCCUCGGCAGACGAGAGUGAUUCGGGUUUUCACGGAUACCGCUCCCGCCGGUACCGCUCCCCUGACGGCCGCUCCCUGGACGAGGCUAGUGAAUCCUCUCGGCUGCAAGGUGACCGCCUCAACACAUCAUGUGAUUCAUCUGUCAUUCUUCGACCUGGGGAUCGUCAGCCACUCUAUGCCAACGCUCCUCCAAAACCCAAGAGGCUCAACUCCUCUCGGGAUUACAGCACUUCUCCUGAACGCUCCCCUGAAAGAGACGAGCGGGACCCACGUACAUACACUGAUCACGGUGGUGGAGGCAGUGGGGGAGGCUGCGGCAGUGGUCUAGAAACCCGUGGUGUUCAUUACCACCCACCCUCAGCAGAGCGAAGGACUCCUGAUGCAUAUGGAGUAACAGCUGGUGGAGGUCGUGGGGACUAUGAAGAUGUGUAUGGAGACAGUAAUGGCUCAAACUCUACCCCUCACAGUCCAAUACGGAGAGGAGAUCAACGAGACUCUUAUGCCUCUUCAAGGAGUGGAGGAACAAGAUUAUCAGAAGAGCUGCAAUUGUCAGAGCCAUUGAGAUCUAAAUUCUGCAGACAAGAAGACACAUUACCCAGGGAUUCGCACCACCGUCACUGCCCAUCAGGACCACCCCGGCCACACAGUGCUGAUUUUCUUGAAUACGACCGAAGGCACGGAAAAAGUGAGAUGUGGUCAUAUCGAAGAGGAAGUGGGGGUGACCUAAUAGGGCCUAAUGACACAAGACCAAAGUCAUCUGUUGGUCAGAAUGAAUCUGAUCAUUGGUCUGAGGAAAACUAUGCCCAAAAAAUGCGUCAGUCAUCUCUGUAUCACUCACACAUGCACAGUAGAUCAGCACUGCGCUAUUCUCCUGCUGGGCCCCCUGAGAAUCCCAUCAUUGACCACCACCACUUGCACAGCAACCAUAGCAGUGGGUCACAGCGGGUCCCUCCAGCUGGGGCCGCCACACCUGAUCUCUAUACACCACACAAACAGACCAUAGCACCCACAACAAUGAAUGCAACAAACAGCUUGAGGCGAGGCAUUGGUCAAGAGACACCCGAAAUGUCAAAACCAGACAUAGGCAUGGAUCCAAGGGCUGACCUGAAGCCCUACCCCAGACAUGCCCCACGACAGACCCCACCUCAGCAAGACCUAAAGCCAGAGCUGAGGCAUAAUCACAGGCCUGAUCCAUCGCUUGAUCUUCGCCGAACAUACAACUAUGAAGAUGCUGCUCAGAAGCAUGACGUCUCCCCCAACACCACACUGAACAGUGUUCCCACCCCACCAGGCAGCUACCCCAGCAGUGCCUCCCCCAAUGGCAGUGUGAAUAACAAUUUCAUGAGGUCUGCCUCAGCAAGGCUACCUCGCCAACGACUGCAGGAUGAUGUGAUAAACACUUCUCUCCCAGAUGAUACCUCAGAUGGAGACACAAGGAAGAUACAACAGCGUGAGGAAUCUAUGAAGCGGCUACUGGAGUGGAAGCAGCGAAUGCUCCAGUCUCCUCUGACCCGCAAGCCCAAUGCUCGGCCUGACGGCACCACCACACCUCAGCCCAGAACCAACCAUGAGGCUUACCGCCAGCAGGUGUUAAGUGAGCUUGCAAAUCAAGAAGCAAGAACGAAAGUCUUACAGAGUCAUUCUCACUCUCAGAGUUAUGCAACCAGCCAAGAAACACACCCAGUGCCACACACAGGCACACUGGCAGGACAGUCCUUUGAGUACACAAGCAGCCUAGGCACCUCACAGGGACAGGCCCCAUGUCAGAACAACUGGACACCUGGUAUUCAGAAUGCAAAUACGGGACACAUGCAGCAUGGUGACUCAAACCCAGGUGGCAUGUACUUCCCUCCUGGCAUGCCUAGUGAGCGUCCAGCACCUCAGGGAGGCUCCUCCCAGACUGGCUCUGACAGUGGGAGCAGCAAGAGGAGGGAGGGUCGCCGUGACGCCUCAAGAACCAGGCACAUGAGUGGUGAUGCUCGACGGUCAACUUCAGCAUCCCGAUACAACAGUUACUCCUCAGAUGAAGACGAUCUGCUGGAGGAACGAGAAACUCGGAAGAGGACAAGACGGAACUCAAGGAGGAGCAGCGCAGAUCUGAGUCGUGAUUCCAGGAAGCUUGUGAUGUCCGCUGACACCUGUAAAGGUUAUGUGGAUGAUGACAGACUUCAAGGAUCUCCAGGAAACUUUGCCAGUGAUCAUCCACAGACUGACCCAUAUGUGUCACAACAAACUUCUUUUAUUAGCACUUCAAAGUCAUCUCCUGAUUAUGUGAACAUUAAUAUCGUGAGUGAAUCCCAGGAAGGAAGAACUACCGGUAUUGUCAGGAGUGCCACAGCGGGUGUAGAAAACAAAUAUGGUGAAAAGGCAGUAAGUCAGAGGGCUGAACCUGUGUUCAUUGAAAACCAUGAAGGAUAUGAUGAGGUACAGAGGUUUGACCAGCUGCCUCAAGAAGCAGAUCAACACCUCAGUGUUCCCAGAACUUGUGAACAAAGUUUUGUGUACAGUGAUCAGAUAUAUGCUGCAAGGGAUCCCUAUUAUGUAUCUGAUGUGCAAUUACCUGCUAAAGCUGAUAAGUUUGAAGAAGAUAAGAGUGAUAUUUCUUCAAGCAUUGGACUUAAAAGAGAAUAUAACAGUUCCUAUGGCACACAGAAUUCUGUACAAAGGAAAUAUCAGAUGAAAAAUGAUUCAUUUGAAAUGACAGACUACAGUGGAGAUAGAAUAUCUGUUGACUGUAAGAACUAUCACCAUGAUAUUUCAGUAAGAGAGGAAAGCUUAGAGAAUGCUGUUGGAUUCUCUUCCUAUGAUUCUCACAUGACUCACAAGCCAGAUAAUGUUGGUAUGCAUGCAUCCCAGAAGGGCAGCUCACAGGAUGACACCACAUCCACUGGUAAGUACUCUGACAGUGGUUAUGAUACGCUGCGAGCAGAAAUGUCCCUUCGCAGAGAUGAGAGAAGGAACCCCAGACCAGGUGCUCUGUGGACGCCGGAUAGUCUGGAUAGCAGCCCUGAGUGUUCCAGUGUGGUGCGGAGGCGUGGCUUUGACCAUGCAGGGAGACGGCCAGAGACCUGGAGCCCUGAGAAAUUUGACAGGUCAUGGGGAACUAUUGACUCAGACCUGAAAUCAAAAGUAGAUGAGUCAAAGGUUGUGAAGGAAUACAGCUAUGAAUACAUUACUCCUGAGAAAAGCAGUGAUGCUUCUUUACCAGACAGUUUUGCAAAUUCCAGCAAGAAUUUCAAGAAAUCAUCACCUUCCCUGACAUGCCUGGAGAGUCCCAGGAUGGUGCAGGAAACACAGCAAGCACAGAGCCACAUGAAUUUAGUUCAGGAUCGCAUUAAGAAAUUUACAUCAAAAGCUUUAGAGACCAAAGAAAAUUAUACAAAUAAUUAUGUUGGAGAACCACAAAUAAAUAUGAGUAAGUUUGGAGAGUCAAGUAAGAAUAGUAAAAUGGCAUGCAUAAAUUCAGAGGUUCAGAAUUUUAGAGAGCCUCUCAAGGAACCUUUAAAGCCUCUCUCACCUCAGAUCAGGAGCUCCGAAGCAUUUGUCUCUCCUUUGAAAGCUGAAUUUGCAACAUCUGAAUCUACUGUAGUAACAGCACAAGAAGCUCAGGUCAAGAAUGUGUCUGAUUACAAGAGAAGAGAUGAGGUGCUGGGCUCCCCACUGCCUGAGGAAUGUCCUCCUUCCAGUCUCAGGCUCAAUUCAGUAUCUGAACCUUCAAGCAUAGAGUACCGUGAGCGAGAGCUGAGGAGUCCUCAAGACAUCAUGGACUCCAGGCUGAGUCGUACAAACAUCAGGAAAUUCUUGUUUGAUGAUGAUGGUCACCCUGCAGAACCCAAGCUUGAACAGCAAGCAAACACCAUAAAGCCUCCCCUGAUGAAGAAGCCUACCCAGACUCGCUCAGUGAAAGCCCUUCUGAAGAACUUUGAGGAGAAGUCACUAGAACAUAUGGAAAGGGUGAAUCUGAAUCAGGAUUGUUCAAGGAAAAAAUUCCAUAGUGAUUCUGAGAUGUUGUCAAAUGAGAGCUCCAGUGAUGAGUGUCAGAGUGAGGACUUGUUCACUGCUGCCCCAGAGAAGACAACUUUGUCUCCCACAUCCUCAGUCUUGGCAGAGCUCCGAAAGUCUGCUGAUGAUAAGAAGGAUGAUGCAGCACCACUUUUGCCACCACCCAGGCCCCCAAAGAAGCCAACACUAGGUGGGGAAAUGGAUGCUGUGGUAACUCCUGGUUAUCUGAGGUUGAGUCUUACAGAAUCCAUUCAGGAAUCUCUUAAGGUGCAAGAAGACAGUGAGAGUGGUGCUGAUGAGCCCAGCUGGAUGGACACAACCCUCAACAGUGAGCAGGGCAAGCAGAGCAGCCCACCACUCAGUAAUGGUGAGUCAGCAAUUCCUGAUUUAGAUAAGCCUCCAGAAGAAGAGGCCCCACCACCACCACCUUUGUAUCCUCCCACUGAGGCCCAGAAUCCAGUAAUGAGACCUGAUCCAUACAAUGAGGAGAACUAUUUGCCCAUGAGUCCACCUAAGAAACUUAGCCAUGGGUCUAGUAUCCUUGCUCCCGCCAGCUCUUGUAGUAGCCUAAGUAGCAAGCACCUGCCCACACCAGAACCAGUUUAUCCUGAUAUCUUUGCCAAGACUGAAUAUGAAGAGCACACUUACAUAGAGAUGAGUGGAGAUGCCUCAUCCAGUGGAGCCUCUGUUUUGGCCCCAGGUGGUCCUCCCAGGUUUGAUUUUGGCAGGACAAAUAGUGAGCUUUUAUUUCCUCCUGAAAGUCCCAGAUAUUAUGAAAUUGGUGACAAGGAUGAGUGCCAGCACUAUGAAUAUAUUUACAAGGGACAACCCCACUACGAAGCAAUAUAUAUGGAAGUUCCAAACACUGAAAAGGAGAACACCGGAGAAAGUGAAAAGCCUCAGAUUCCAAAUAAGCCAGAUGAACUGAAGGCUCAGCUCAGUGCAGACAGAAACUAUGCCUCAGAAUCUGCCCUAAACUCUUCUAUUAGUAAGCUAGAUUUAAAAUCUCAGUCUAAUGCAUCUUCUGAUGCUGAUGAUGAGGCUUCCAAGGACCUGGAGAGUCUUGACCCUCCCCGCAACCCUCGCUUCAGCCUGUCAGACACCUUCCGACCAGCUUCUUAUUACCUGAGUGGUGCAGAACCAUCUAGUGAUCCUGAUGCACAAGACUCCUCAGACUCUGACCUUGUACCACCACCCCCAAUACCCAUGAGUCCACCACCACUGGAUGACCUGGAUACUGGAGGUCCCAAAGCCAAAAACUUUGACUUUGAUAACCUGGAGACACCAGAUCCUCCGCCGCAUCUUCGAAAUGCACUAAGCUCUUCAAGGUCUUUAAGAGUCAGUCAGAGCAGUUUACGUGAUGACCUCAGUUCCUCCAGAUCUUCAAUUGGAAAAGAUAAAAGAAUUUAUGAAAAAUCUGAGUCUUCACCAAGUCUUCACGCUGACAAGUUGAAACGAAGACCUGUCUUUGAGGAGACUCUGGAGAGUCUGCAUGAUGAUGACAAUUUUAUUUUGAGAUCUGAGGACCGAUACCCAGCGUCAGCAGCCUACCCUGAGGACUGCUCAGCACCAGCAGCUGAGAAGUUCCAACGAGAUAGACGGAAGCCUUUCCCGCAGUGUGCUGAGGACGUCCUGCUCCCUGGAGACAAACACGAACCUUCUGCUCGCCCCAAGUCAGCACUGGACCACAAUCCAUCUUUCCAGGGGAAUUUAGAUACAUCUUACUCCUCAAAUAAUGCUGAAAAUCCAUAUGUUAAUGAGGCCUUCCAGCAGAGCCUGAUGCAGCCUGCUAAUCCCUAUCAGAGUCCAGGGGAUGGAAGGGAGUACUGUAAUAUCCCAUCAAAUGCAAAGAUGUUUAUGCAGCCAGAGAGAGAAAGAUCAAACUCCACUGGUUCACGACCAAAGUCUCCUGACCCCUAUGCUGAACGCAAUGAACUUUCUACUUACCAGAAUGUUCCUGCACCAAGAACAUCACUGUCAAAAAGAAAUUCUCCUCAGACCACAUCAGGUAGUGUUGAGCCAACAGGAUCACCAAUGAUCGAUGCUCUUCGUGGUGUUCACAGUCCAGUAGUACAUCUGCAGCCAAAUCAUCAGAGAACAUCAUCAGAGGCUUCCUCUCGUAGUGUGGUGAGUCCAACAGCCAGUGUGCUGUCAGGCAGUGGCAGCCUGGCACCCAUUCACCUGAGGGCCACCUCCAAUGCCUCAGUGGGAAGUGAAACCAGUCCACGCUCUGCACCGUACUACUACUCUGACGUCAUCCGUGAUGAUGCAGCAGCGGUUGCAGACGGCUUAGUUGGAACUCCACGCUCUCGGUCUUACCAGCUUAAUAAUCAGCGAGAUCUGGAAGCCAAUAAAAGACAAGACAUCGGCAGGAAAGUUAACCAGAUCAGCAGUUCUUCUGAUUUUGAACAAAGACGAGAAAGAUUAGCACAUGAGUUAAGGACAUCAAUGGAGUUCCUUGAAGGUAAAACUGUGUCAUCACCAGAUGAACGCAAUGUGUAUGAUUCUGACACUUUGCGUAAGAUGAAGCGGCGUGCUUACACACCUGAUCCUGAACUGGAUUCCAAGAAUGUGUUCCCUCAUGGCCUCUCCAUCAAGACUGACAGUCCUCCUUUGGGUCCUCCUAUGGGUCAUCGUCGAACCCGAUCCCUGGAGGGACUCCUUGAUGACCCUCCUCGUCCUUUUGUUGGAGAAUCUAACAGUGUUCAAAGUCCCCAUGAUGUCAACAAGAUGUGUGGUGGAGGCCCAUCUCAGGGAUCCAACCGGGCUAACACCGCAGCCUUUCCCAGCAGUUACUCAGCUCACUUUGGCAUGAGAGGAGGUGCAGGAGCUCCUUUGAACUCAGCCUCCCCCUCACCACAGGCCCCAGUUACUUCAAAUCGAGGGACGGUUUCUCAGAUGACUAGUCAACGAGCCUCUGUGAGCAGCUUCCAUAGCAGUGGAAGCCUGCCUCAGAGGACUACUUCUCCUUACGCUACGUCACCUCUGCCUGUGUCCCCUGUACCCCCUUACCAAGUGGGUAGCCGUGACAGUCUUGUCAGCAGGGAGAGCUCCACGAGUCGUAUCUCCAGCUAUGAUCCCCGAGUUGGUAACGAGCCACGUAGUCCCUCCAACCAUGAAACUCUGCACGAGGAGCAGGACUGGGAGGAUGAUACUCAGUGGCGUGAACAGCUUCGACGAGCUUCUUUGCGUCACACAAGAUCACUAGAAACCCUGGAUGAGGGACGGCCACGACGUGUUGGUGAUGGCGCCAGUAGAGAAGGGCGCCCUCCUGCCAAGCUUAGUGUGCCAAGCAAUGCCUGUCCAGUCCCUCAAGAAAGCAAUCAACAGAGAUUGCAGCAGCUCCAUUGGGAUGAGUACACAGUGGACUACAGGGAAGGACGCCUUGGCUCAAACCAGUACAGAAACAGCGGUCCUCUUCACUCUGAGACUUUGGAGAGAACCCGCCGUGGCCUCACCUGCCUUGAGGGUUACGAGUGGGAUGAGGCAGAGGAAAAGUUCAAGAAGCCCGGCCAGGCAGGGCGUCCCCAGCAACCUCUGCCACAGACCCCUCCCAACUCUGUACCACAUCAGCCUUUUUUAGUCGACGGCCUCCCACCUUCACCCGGGACGGAGGGCGAGGAACAGCGUCAGUGCCAGGUCAGCCCGGCGCCGCCCCCCGCCCACGCGCCUCCCUCCCCGCCUCCGCAGCUCCAGCAGCAUUUUUUAGCGGGCGGCGGUGAGGGCUCAGACGCAUCCUCGGGGGUAGGAGGGAGGCCCCCUGAUGAGUUUCAGGGGCGGGAAGAGCCUCCGGCCACAUCGCCCGCUUCGCCCGUAGCGUCCCCAGCACCGCAAGACGCCACCUCCACACACCCAGUGCCUGAUGUUAUCCCUCCACACGGUGAGUACAAGCAACCUCACCUGCCUAUGUUCAGCUAAAGACAGCCACGGUGACAGUCUUGUUGCUCUGCCAUUGAGAUGCUUCCAGCCCAAACCAUAAUGCACUGGGAUUCAAUUUGUUUACAGAUAAUCCUUCAAACUUACAAGGAAGGAGUAUCGCUUUUAACGUUUGCAAGUACUGUAUAGCCUGUUCUGUAUGAUUGGAGGAGUACUUCCUGGAAAGUUGGUGGGUUUUGUUAGUUUAUAAUAUUUGGACGUAAUUUUCUUGGUAACAACAAAAGGCGCCGCGAAGGCAAGAUGUUAAUUAUGUAUUGUGCAUUUCUGUGAAUAGUCUAAUACAACCCUCCCAUACUAUGCAGUCAGACGCUUUCCCUUUAUCCCUGAAUUGUUAAGAGAAUGAAGCAUCAAAAGAAAUCA